AGAAGGACGUUGUGAAAACAUUUACAGAUUGCCUCACCCUUUACAAAGACGUACAGAACUCCCAAUCUAAAUGGAUCAUUAGUCAAGUUGUUACCAUUUUAUAUAACAUUGCCCGAAGAAAGGGCGCGAAGAUUUUUUUCUCAAUGAACAACACGUACAGUGUUAUUCAAAAUAUGGAUUUCAAAGAAAAAGCCGUAGCUAUGGAUGCAGCACUUUUACUGUUAAAUAUACAAGAGGAUUCUCCUAUAGAUACAGGGGCAUUUAAGAAUUUAAAACAUCGUCUAAAAGAAACUUUGAUUCGAGAUGUUGUAAGGAAUGAAGAGGAUCUAGGAGGAUAUUCGCGAUCUGAGCUCCUUCAAGGACUGGCAAAAUUCUUAGAACAAAAUGAGGAUGUGCUGAACGAGGUACUUCCAUUGUUUCCGCACUUAAAAGAAAUACUAACACAUAAUGAUCCUGAUGAACAAAUAUUUACGACACAAUGUUUGAGAGAACUAAGUAGAAAUAAAGAGGGAAGUGAGAAAAUCAUCACAGACGAAGAAUUAAAUGACAUGUUAAUAGAAUUAAUAAACAGCCAUAAUGGGGAUCUUUCUGCUAACGUACAUUCAGUACUUUGGAGAGCUGGACGUACAACAGGAAUAUUGCCAUCAAAAACAGAUGUUGUGCUGUCUGAUGAGUUUCCCAAGAAAUUUGAAAUUAAACCAGCGUCGUUAGGUCAAGGAGGUUUUGGUAGCGUCCAUCUUGUUGUGGAUAUAGAUCAACCAGAGGAUGAAAAAUUUGUUGCAAAGAAAACACACGCAGACCCAAAUAACCAAAAGAAGUGGAUGGAGAGCUUACAAUUAGAGGCUUCAACUCUAAUUAAACUGAAACACAAAAACAUAGUCAAGUUUCAUGGGUAUCAAAGGAAAGAAAAUAAUAUAAUCUUAUUUCUGGAGUACCUAAAAAUGGGCACCCUUUCCACGUUCAUCAAACAACACACAAGACUCAAUGAAGGUUUGACCAGACAGUUUACAAUUCAAAUUCUGGAAGGCGUAAAAUACCUACAUGAAAACAACAUCUUGCAUUUGGACAUCAAAGGUACUAAUAUUCUAAUGGUGGACGAAUCAAACAUUAAGCUAACAGACUUUGGCCUGUCGACAAUACUUAACGAGGAAGAAGGAGUUGAAGCAGAAAGGGGCACAACUCGAUAUAUGGCUCCUGAGAUGAUUAACUGCCCUGAUGGUAGAAUAUUUAAACAUUGUUGCAGCUUGGACAUUUGGAGUGUGGGAAGUACAGUUGUAGAGAUGAUAACUGGAUCACCACCAAACUCAACAACGACAUCAGUCAGGGUACUUUUUAAAAUUGCUAUGCUGCAGAGACCAAAGUAUGAGCUGUCAAUCACAGCGUCAAAAAACCUACGAGAUUUUUUAGAAAAGACAUUUACACCUGAAGCAGAACAAAGACCAUCUGCAGAAGAUUUAUUGAGAGAAGAUCCGUUUAUAACAGACGGUUUAUAAAUGAUGACUAUUAUUGUAUGAUUUGUGCUUAUUAUUACAAAUACUCUGUAGCUAUCUUUUGUGAAUAAAUAUUUGAGCUGUUCGUGGAUAUGUAAAAGUUGUAAAGAUACAAAAUAAAUCUUUAGAUAAGCAUUAAACAAGAUGAAAGUGUUAAAUAUUUAUAGUAAAUGCAAAUGUGUGCUUCAAAUUAGCCAUAUAUAAUGUAAAAAAAUAAGUUUUUUUUUAUCAGUUUACUGUCAAAAUAUAUCUUUAAUAAAAAUCAUUGUAAAACUCAUUUAGCCACAUUUUUUAACAGUUAUAUUAAAGAAAGUAUACAAUAAAAUAAAAAACAUCACUAAUUGUUGAAAACCAGCUAUGAAAUCGUGUCCGAAUAUCUUUUUUACCACAGUGUUUCUCAAUCCUAAUAAAAUGUACUAUUAGCUAUUGUGAAAAGGAAAGCAUAAUUUCCAUUGGUAUUAUAAGAAUGUUUAAAAGCCAAGACUUCAAACGCAGGAAAUUAAUUUUACAAUCUUAUUAGAGGAUUAAAAGAAAUAUUUAUGUUAAUUUUCAGGAACAAUGUUUUAUAAAUAAACGAAUUAGAAAGCGCCCGAUCUUUAGCUAUGGUUUGUAAAAUCUGAUAUUUUUUGACAAAGUAAAAAUAUUGUAGCGCAUAUAUGUUGAUUUUAGAUAUAUUGUGUAAUUAAAUCUAAACCUUAUAAAAUAUUAGUUUUUUCAAACAAAUCAGUUUAGUUGUCUAAACAUUAAGUUUGCUGCUAUUCGCCAAAUAAUCGGACCACAUUUUCUGAUACGUGAACCUGCAAUAAUCAGUUUAGUUUUCUCAACAUUAAGUUCGUUUCUAUUUGCCAAUAUAUGGGACGACAUUUUCGGAGACCUGAGUUAAUUAUUGCUAAGUAAAACUUUACGAUUUCCGACCACUGGCUUGAUUUAGUAAGACGUCGCUGAUUUCUGCCAGCUGUGAUGCACACGUGACUCAUCAUAGAAAAAGUAAUGGCGAAUACGCAUAGUGCUGACCACUUCAUCUUUUCAUUCAAAAUGUCACAGAAACUGCACUACAGACAGUCAGUUAAAAAAUUGUAACUUCAUUUUUUCUAUGAAUAACUUUAUAUUUUAAUCUACUUUACAGUUCACUUUAUGUUUACUUAUGAAUAAAAUAAUAUAGCAAAACAUAAAAUACUUAUCCAACCAAUCUAUUUUUCAACUAUAUAAGUCAACUAUAAUAAAUAAUGUUAUACAAAAAUGGUAUAUACACUAUGCAUUUUUACAUGAUUAGAUUAUAGAUCACGUACUAUAACAUCAUGAUGUUAUACACUCAAACACACGUUGUUCAGGUUUUGCUACAGAUGCUUGAAUCUGCUUUAUAAAAUAUAUUAUUUCAGUCGUUUUGUGUAAUAUAUUAUUUAUUAACAUUAUUUUGGAUAUAUUUUAUAUAUUGUAUUUUUAUUUUUAUUUUUAGAAAACAUGGUAAUACAAAUUUUAAAGUUAUGUCAGUUAAAAUAAAUUAUAUUUCAUGCAUUAUUAUCACUGUCACUAAGCAUACAAUAUUAAAAUUAAGUGUUUUAACAUAAAUAAUUACAUAUAUUAAUAACACUUUAAACUGUUUGCAAUUACUUAUUGCGUAUUAAUAUUUUCAUCUAUUUCCAUACAUUUUAACGAAUAUUAUUGUUGAUAAGCUGUAUAAAUUUUCAAAUAUUUUCAUUAAAGCCUUAGCUAAACCAGAGCCAAAUGGAAAUAGGCAUAAUGUAUUUGAAUGUAAUUAAUAAGAGGAAAAUAUAAUUUCUUACUCAAGGUUUUAAGGUUGGAGAUAUGUGGGAGG